UCGCGGACAUUCACCAUCUCCCGAAAACUACAACAAUCACACAAUGCACCAGAACAGCCGGUCAAUGUCUACCGGUCACAUGGUCGUGCACUAUUCAAAGCUUUGACCCUCGCGUUCUUCAGCUACCAGGUUAUAUAUUGGGCUUGGUUGAUUCUGGAGACUGAAGAGCUCAAGGAUCACAAAGACCGUGAAAUAAAGGCUUUGGAAAAUGAAGUCCGGUUAUUGGACGACCAACGAAAGACUCGACCAGCCAACUAG